AUGACCGGAAAUCAGGAGAAUCUGGAUAGCAUUUUGCAAGAUGUGGGCCUCGUGCAUCGAUCUGGAGAAGGAAUUGGACUGGUUGGAAGAGGAUGGAACAAAAAGCUCUACUUCCCCAGACCUGAUCUCAUCAAGCUCACCGCGGGGUUGUGCCUUCACUCUGACCUUUCAGUCGCUCCACGUGUGGAAUCGGGCUCUCAAGGAUCUCUCCGGCUGUUGGUGAGCGUCUUGACACAUGGAUGUGAUUACAGCCUUUGUACCCAGACAGGCUUCAAUAUUUCUGACUGUAGAGCAAGCGAUUUUGUAACUUUCAGCACUGUCAGGCAAAUUCAAAAAUACUGUUUGUGCCUGACUUUGCAAAGUUGGAAGGCGAACUGUUGA